AUGUUUGAAAGACAGAGCAAUAACCCUGAACCUAUAGAAGUCAGCGAUAAUAAUCCAGAACGUGAAUCUACAGCCGAUGCUCUAUUAACAACAAGAAUUUAUAUAAGCAAUUUAGAUUAUUCCUCGACUGAAGAUGAACUUAUUGAAUAUUUAAAGGAUUACAAACCUUUAUCUGUACUAGUCCCAAGCCAUACAGUUAGAGGGUUUAGAUCUAAUCAUGUAAAACCUUUAGGUAUUGCAUAUGCUGAUUUUGAAACUCCUGAGAAGGCAAGAGAAGCAGUUGAAGCAUUAAAUGAAACAAACUUUAAAAAUAGAAAUCUAAAAGUAAAACUUUACGUUCCGUUUUCCCCAGAAAAUGUUUGUAAACCAGCCCCAAAGCCAAGAAGAUUGUCUAAAUUGAGAAGAUCUAAAAAACCAGCAGAUGAAGAAAAUAAUGCAGCUUCACAAGAUCCUACUGUAGAAGCAACACAAGAAAGGGGACAAGCAUCAGAAGACCCUGAAAACGCUGCUAAUAAUGCCAAGCAAGCAAAACCAACUUCUGAUGAUACCGUAUAUUGUGGAUAUUUACCUAAAAAUACUACAGAUGCAGACCUACGUGAACAUUUUAAGGAUUAUAAUCCACAAGAAAUUUGGAUUUUCAGAACUAGAGCGGCAAAGGGCCCAAUGCAUUUACAAUUACAUCGUCAUUACACUGCUGCUUUAAUAACUUUAAAUUCACCUGAAACUAUAGCCAAAAUUGCGGAAGUCACUUCAACAAAGAAAAUAUUAGGCAAGAAGAUAUCAGUUAAACCAGCUUAUAUCUCUAAAAUCCAAGAGGUGAAAAAAAUAGCUGAACAAACAGGUAUUGCUGAAAGAAAUCAAACAAAUAAAGGAGCAAUAAAGCCAAAUUCUGGUAACGGUGGACAACCAGCUGGUCCAGGUGUUGCAGGAGAACCCUCAAAUCCACAACAAAAUUGUGAUAAUUCUAAUAAUGUUCAGCCAGGAGUUUCAGUUGUAGCUUAA